CCUUUUUCAAGCAGAAUAUCAAAAAUUACCUUCCAUAUCGCCCAAAAUGACGGACUCUUUUGAUGUUACGCCCGAAGACUCGGUGACGCUAACUCAAAUCCUGACCCGAAUCGACUCGUCGAACGUGACCUUAUCAGCCACACCAGGAGCUGGAGAGACACAGAUCGCGGAUUACCUCACUGCAUGGCUCCAGCAUCGGGGUAUCGAGACCCAUCGGAUUGAAACGGUUUCCGGCCGUCCAUCCAUUGUGGGUGUGAUUCGAGGAUCUGGCGGCGGAAAGUCUCUAAUGCUCAACGGUCAUAUUGACACCGUGAGUCUGACCAGCUACGAACGCGAGCCUCUUUCCGGUCAUAUCGGCGAGAAGGACGGAAGCCCUGUGAUCUUUGGUCGAGGUGCAUUGGACAUGAAGUCCGGGCUCGCCGCCGAAUUGGCAGCCCUUGCGGCUACCAAGGCCCGGAAGACUCCCCUCCGCGGGGAUGUCAUUUUUGCGGCCGUGUCGGACGAAGAAGACGCCUCUCAGGGUACUCGAGACCUGGUUGCCGCUGGCUGGCGCGCCGACGGUGCGGUGAUCCCGGAGCCCACCAACCGCGUCCUUAUCACGGCCCACAAAGGUUUCGUGUGGGUUGAAGUCGAUAUCCUGGGAACUGCCGCUCACGGCUCCGAUCCGGCCUCGGGCGUGGACGCCAUUCUGCAGGCUGGCUGGUUUCUUACGGCCCUCGAAGAAUACCAGCGGCGACUGCCGGUCGAUGAGAUGAUCGGGCCAGCGUCCUUGCACUGCGGCUUGAUCCACGGCGGCGAAGAGCCGUCUUCGUAUCCUGCCAAAUGCACCGUGACGAUCGAGUUUCGGACCGUUCCGGUGCAAAGUGAUGAAUCCAUCUUGUCGGACCUGAAACACAUCCUAGCCACCAUUGCCCACGCCAGGCCCACUUUCCGCUUCAACGAACCUCGACUGACUCUCUCUCGUCCAUCUUACAAACUACCCGUCGAGCAUUCGCUGGUCCAGCAGACAGCAGCGAUUGCUCGGGACGUGUACGGCAGUUCUCCGUCCAUUGAGAGCAUGGCUAUUUGGUGCGAUGCCGCUCUUCUCGCCGCUGCUGGGACGCCGACUAUUGUCAUCGGCCCGGCAGGCCAAGGCUUGCAUGCAAAGGAGGAGUGGGUGGAUGUGCAGAGUAUACGGGAAACGGAGGAGAUUUUUAUUCGCCUCAUCUCUGAGUUUUGUAGUUGA